GGGAGGAGGGCGGCGAGGUCCCAUCUCCGCGCCACGUCCGAGGGGAUGCUGCGCGCCCCCGGCUGGGUGCAGCGGGAGGCCGCCCCCCGCAACAAGUGCCGGGUGUCAUGGCAACGGCGGGAAUUUCCCGGUCGGGGAGGCCGGAAGCAGCCCCCGCCGGGCUCGCGGCAGCUAGAGCAAAAUCCGAUCCCUCUCCCGGGGGAGCAAAAUGGACGAAAGGCGACCCCCAAGCAGGGGCACUGGGUGCCUUGGGAAUCCGAGGAAUCCCUUCUGUUCGCCAGUCGGAGGGACUAGAGGCAGCCGAAGGGGACGGGAAUCCGCCGAGCGCUGCCCCCGGGGGUCCUCGGCGCCCGGCGCAGCUGAGGAGCGCAGCGCAGCGCAGCGGGCUCCAUUCCUGGCCGCCGCCGCUCAGCCCAUUGCGCAAACCCGGCGGGUCCAACCAACCGCGCUCGCCGCUACUGGAACCCAGGAGGCGGGCUUGGAGGCUUCGGGCACUAAGCUGGGCUGGAAAUAUCAUGCACUUCCCCUUAGCCUAGACCCCCGCUCGGGCCACGCGGGUUCUGUCCUCAAAGCUGGAGGCUGCCCCAGACUUGGGGGUGGGGGGGAAGGGAAGGGGAGAGGCUGGCGCCCCCUCCCCCUUUUGGCUCCGUCUCCCGUUGCAGCAGCUGUUGCCAAAUGAACCCCAGAAUGGGGACGUGCAACCCUCCACCCCACCCCCAGCCACACACGUCGCUGUCGGAAAACUGGGAAGGGGGCGCUGGGUCCGAGGUUCUGGAAAAGCAAGAACUCACCUGCAAACAGGCAGUCCUUCUCGGCUCUGGACUUCUGGAUCACGACGUCGAUAUCCUUCUGAAUUCGCUCUUGCCUUGAACACAUCCCCAUUAAAUAAAUCCCUGGAAAAGAA